UCGCCUUUUGAACCAACCACCCGAUCAAACCGUUUCUCUUCAGCCCAAACCCCCACAAAAACAGCUAAAACUUCCAUGACUGUUCCGGCCACCGGAAUCGGCACCAGCACCGCUGACUCACCUCACCGGACACCUCGCCGUGGAUGAUCCUCUCUUCUCUCCAUUUCUAUACUUACAAUUCACACGCCAAAACCCUAAAACCCCAGAAAUUGGUAGUAUCUCGGGAGGUGAAAAUGAAGGACCGGUUGCCGUCUUCCUACGGCGCUGUCUAUGUUCCUCCGCACCACCGCCUCCGCUCCGUCAUUUCCAAAACCGGCACUCCUACUGCUCCUCCCACGUCUCCUCCUCGUGCUAUUCAUUCCAAGCCGGCGUUAACCAACAGUGAUGAUAAACACAGCUCAUUUGUAAAUUCUAGAAACAAUACUUAUCUGCCUCCUCACCAUUUUCACCAGCAGCUUAAGAAGAAAAGCUCGACUGAUGACGUGUCAUCGGAAGGCUCCGACCGUGACAUUGAUCUCCCUGUUCAUCCAGGUGGUUCCUCUUUUGAUAAUAUUGAUUCUUGGAAGUGGAAGCUAACCACUCUUCUGCGAAACAAGGAUAAGCAAGAAGUAGUAUCAAGGGAGAAAAAGGAUAGGCGUGAUUAUGAAGAUAUAGCAGCUCUGGCAAGCCAAAUGGGUUUGUAUAGCCAUCUGUAUGCUAAAGUGGUUGUUGUCAGCAAGGCUCCCCUGCCGAACUACAGGUUUGAUCUGGAUGACAAGCGUCCUCAGAGAGAGGUGAUCUUGCAUCCAGGGAUACUGAGAAGCGUGGACUACUAUUUGCGAGAGUACAUGUCCCAAAAGCCUAAGGGCAUGGAUAUGUUUUCAAGGUCAAGCAGUAAUGGUAGUAUUGCCACUGAUGAGGGGCUUUUUGAGCAACCAGAACCAUUCUCACAUAAUAAGGCUGCCAUGAAGAAAAUUAUUUCACGGAGAAGUUUGCAGAUGCACACUGAGCGGCAAACCUGGCAGGAAUCUCAACAAGGCCAGAAGAUAAUGGAAUUUCGCAGGAGUCUUCCUGCUUACAAGGAAAAGGAUGCAAUAUUAAGUGCCAUUGCAAAUAACCAGGUGGUUAUAAUCUCUGGUGAAACUGGUUGUGGAAAGACAACACAGAUUCCACAGUACAUUUUGGAGUCUGAGAUUGAGGCUACUCGUGGUGCAAUGUGCAAUAUCAUAUGCACUCAACCUCGAAGAAUAUCUGCAAUGUCUGUAUCUGAAAGAGUCGCUGCAGAGAGGGGAGAAUUGUUGGGUGAAACAGUUGGUUAUAAAGUCCGAUUAGAAGGUGUGAAAGGAAGGGAUACUCACCUCCUUUUUUGCACAACAGGCAUCUUGUUAAGAAGGUUAUUGGUAGAUAGGAACUUAAAAGGUGUAUCACAUGUUAUUGUUGAUGAGGUCCAUGAACGUGGAAUGAAUGAAGAUUUCCUGCUUAUAGUUUUAAAAGAUCUACUUCCUCAUCGACCAGAAUUGAGGCUGAUUUUGAUGAGUGCAACAAUGGAUGCAGAGCUCUUCUCGUCAUACUUUGGCAGGGCUCCUAUGGUCCACAUUCCAGGCUUCACGUAUCCUGUACGAACUCAUUUUCUGGAGAACAUUUUGGAAAUGACGGGAUACAGGUUAACACCAUACAAUCAAAUUGAUGAUUAUGGUCUGGAGAAAUUAUGGAAAAUGAACAAGCAAGCUCCAAGAAAGAGGAAAAGCCAAAUUGCUUCUGCUGUUGAGGAUGCACUUAGAGCAGCUGACUUUGAGGAUUAUAGCCCACUGACACGGGAGUCCUUGUCUUGUUGGAACCCUGAUUGCAUUGGGUUCAACCUUAUAGAGCAUCUUCUGGAUUAUAUAUGUCAAAAUGAAAGGCCUGGUGCUGUGUUAGUUUUUAUGACUGGUUGGGAUGACAUAAGUGCAUUGAAAGAAAAGCUCCAGGGCCAUCAAAUAAUAGGAGAUCCAAACCAGGUUCUGCUGUUGACCUGCCAUGGUUCUAUGGCUAGUUCCGAACAGAAUUUAAUUUUUAACAAAGCUGAAGAUGGAGUAAGAAAGAUUAUCUUAGCUACUAAUAUUGCUGAAACCAGUAUCACAAUUGAUGAUGUUGUAUUUGUGAUCGACUGUGGAAAGGCAAAGGAGACAUCAUAUGAUGCAUUAAAUAACACUCCUUGCUUGCUUCCUUCCUGGAUCUCUAAAGUUUCAGCCAAACAAAGAAGAGGAAGAGCUGGACGUGUACAACCAGGAGAAUGUUACCGUCUUUAUCCCAGAUGUGUAUAUGAUGCUUUUGCAGAUUAUCAGUUGCCAGAGAUAUUGAGAACACCUCUGCAGUCACUUUGUUUGCAAAUCAAAAGUCUAAAACUCGGUAGUAUUUCAGAGUUCCUUUCUAGAGCUCUGCAGUCACCAGAGUUACUAGCGGUGCAAAAUGCUAUCGAGUAUUUGAAGGUUAUUGGGGCUUUAGAUGAGAAUGAAAACCUGACUGUUUUAGGGCGCUACUUAACUAUGCUUCCCAUGGAGCCUAAAUUUGGGAAGAUGCUAGUACUUGGUGCCAUCUUUUAUUGUCUGGACCCUAUAUUAACUAUUGUUGCUGGUCUAAGUGUCCGUGAUCCUUUCUUAAGCCCUUUAGACAAAAAAGAUCUAGCAGAAGCUGCAAAAGCACAGUUUUCUCAAGACUACAGUGACCACCUUGCCCUUGUUAGGGCAUAUGACGGAUGGAAAGAUUCUGAAAUGGACCUAGCUGGAUACGAGUACUGCUGGAAGAAUUUUCUGUCAGCACAGUCGAUGAAAGCAAUUGAUUCUCUUAGAAAAGAGUUCUACUUGUUGCUCAAGGAUACAGGCCUUGUUGAUAGCAACUCCACCACCUACAACACCUGGAGUUAUGACGAGCAUCUCCUCAGGGCAGUUAUUUGCUAUGGGUUGUAUCCAGGAAUUUGUUCUGUUGUGCCAAAUGAAAAGUCGUUCUCAUUCAAAACAAUGGAAGAUGGUCAGGUGCUUCUAUACUCUAACUCAGUCAAUGGACGUGAAUCUAGAAUACCAUAUCCAUGGCUAGUUUUCAAUGAGAAGAUCAAGGUGAACUCUAUUUUUCUUCGGGAUUCAACAGCCGUGUCUGAUUCAGUACUCCUCCUUUUCGGUGGAAGUGUCUUGAAAGGGGACAUGGAUGGACACAUAAAAAUGCUUGGUGGAUACCUGGAGUUCUUUAUGAGCCCUAGUGUAGCUGAAAUGUACCAAAGCUUAAGGAGAGAACUCGAGGAGUUAAUUCAGACCAAACUCCUAAAUCCUAGAAUGGACAUACACUCCCAUCAUGCGCUCCUAUCAGCAAUUAGAUUGUUGAUCACUGAGGAUCAAGGUGAUGGCAGAUUUGUAUUCAAUCGGCAGGUUCUACAACCCCCAAAACCAUCUGCUGUGGCAGUAGCAGCACCACCAACCUUGAUGUCUAGGACAGAAAGUGGCCCUGGAGGUGAUAAUUCAAAGAGUCAACUACAAACAUUGCUGACACGAGCAGGAUAUGCAGCACCCAUCUACAAGACCAAGCAAGAGAAGAAUAAUCAGUUUCUAGCAACAGUUGAAUUUAAUGGAGUGCAAAUAAUGGGCCACCCUUGUAACAACAAGAAACAAGCAGAAAAAGAUGCAGCAGCUGAGGCUCUCGAGUGGCUGUUGGAAGGACACCAGAGAGGUCAUGAUUAUAUUGAACAAAUGUCCUUGUUUCUCAAAAAAAGCAAGAAAGAGCACAGAUAACGUUGGUGUUGUCAUAGAAUGAACAGAAGUAAGCUGCCAUAUUGCAAGAUCACGAUGAUGAAGCAUGGAAGUGUUGCUUCUAAGUGCAUGCCUUGCAGGCUUACGGAGUACGGAUUCUGCUCUUGCACCAAGGAGCUUAUCCAUUGACAGGUAGAUAAAAGGUUGUCAAUGUGAAGUUUGUUUAUGGCAAGAGCUAUUGGGUCGGUAUAUCCAGGCACAGAGAUGCAAGUGUUGGUCAGAUAUGCAGCCGCUCCUGGAUGUGGAUGGAUUGGCAGAUAGACGAAGUUGUAGAAAUUAGGCUAGAGGAUUAAUUGUUAUUAUGAAGUGGCAACGAGGUCAGGAGCCUUUGUGCUUCUACCAAGCAAGCACUUUGAGAUGAUCCCGAUGAAAAUAUGCAUGAUAGCAUAUGGAGAGAUCUCUGAAAACCGGGCUAGUGUAUUCCUUUAGUGCUUAAUGAUCACGUUGAUGCUUGUUGUACCUAAUGUUCUGUUGUAAGAUCAUCAUCAUAAUCCGAUGGGUCAUCAUUUUCCUUUCA